CAUUUUCCAUGAACAAUAUAAACUUAAUAUUGACGUCACAUUGCUGUAUUGUGUAAACAUAAACCUGCUUUCCAUGAGAUAAGAUACGCUAUCUAUAAUGAAGGGAUAAACGAUACUGCUGAACUGCUUAUUUAACUUAACACUGGACCCGACUAGAAAUAUAUCCAGUCUAUCUAAUAUCGCUGAUUGAAUUCUGGUAAUAAAAACAUCUAACCAACAGAGCCGAAUUAAUUAAAGUUUAUUUAGAAAAACUUUGUAAACUUUACGAGUGCUUUGAAAUUCAAUAACAAAAGUGCGAAUGUGACAAUGCAAAAUGGCGGAUUUCCUCACGAAACUUAAGAGGCUAGGUAGGGGAGGUGCGACAGAGACGAACAGUAUAUAUUCGAUGGUGUCAUGCAGUGACGUCACGCCGGGCAGCCUGGAAGUCUGGCUUGAUCUGCCCGAUGAGAUCAAAUACGACCCCUCUCUAGCGCCCUUCAAGCAGCUUUACGAACAGCGACAUGGCAAGUUGGAGCGAUCAGAACAGCACACGGAAGGAGACAAGACGAUCGGCAAUGGAAAGACAACGGAUAAUUGUACACCGUCUGACAACGGGAAUGAGGUCACCAAAGACUGUGAGAAUGGAUUAAUGGACCAGAUGAUACCAGAAAAAGAAAAGAAGAUCAAAUCAAAGAAAAAUAAGCAGAUAAACCGCAUACUGCGUGUAAUCAAGCUGGGCUCGCUGGUGGCCUGCUGGGGCCUGCUGACCGUCUCCUUGCUGCUCAACAUGGAGACCAGCGACGUGGUCCUCCAUACUGCGGUGGAAGCCGGUAGUGUUAAAGAAUAUGAGCUCAUGAGCGCGUCCGAGACGGAGAAGGUGUUGGUGACACUAGCCGGUCCAUUUGAGGAAGCGGCCACCAAUGAAUCUAACAGUCUUCUAUAUCUCUGUCUGCGAAAGACUUCUAAUAGAAGGAUUGAACAGAAUUCGAGCGUGUGGACAGUGCGCUUGAAGGCAGACGAUGUAAUGGACUUCUCAGCCAGCUCCUCCGACGCCAGGAUACUGCAGCUGCUACCCAUCGCCCCCCAUCACGACAUCAACGAAUCUCGCGACUACAAACCAACGAGACCGAGCGAUUUUAUAAGAAACAAUCCUCUCGUGGAAGACAAUGAUUCAAAAGUAAGGUUAUGUGUGUGGAGUACGAGCAACAACACGGUGCCUAUUACUGUCAGCUACCACGCGGACCCUAUCUCCGAGGAGGACGGCAUCGUGUACGCCACGCUGCUGCUCGCCUCCUUGUACAUACUUAUUAUAUUUGAGGUGGUGAACCGAACUAUAGCGGCGCUUCUGUCGUCGUCGCUGGGCAUAGCGGUGCUGGCGCUGGGGGGCGCGCGGCCCUCGCUGCCCGAGCUGGUCUCCUGGCUGGACGUAGAAACACUGCUGCUACUCUUUAGCAUGAUGCUGCUGGUCGCCAUCCUCGCGGAGACCGGUCUCUUCGAUUACCUGGCCGUGCUUGCAUUUGAGGUGACAGGAGGCAGGACGUGGCCGCUUAUCAAUUGCUUGUGCUUCUUCACUGCCUUCUUCUCCACGUUUCUUGAUAAUGUAACGACGGUGCUUUUGAUGACACCUGUAACAAUAAGGCUGUGCGAGGUGAUGCAACUGAACCCGGUGCCGGUGCUGAUGUCGAUGGUAAUCUUCAGCAACGUGGGCGGCGCGGCCACGCCCGUCGGAGACCCGCCCAACGUCAUCAUAGCCAGUCAUCCCUCUAUACUACACGAGAACAUAAACUUCACGACGUUCACGCUGCACAUGGGCGCGGGCAUUCUGCUGGUGGCGGCGCAGACCUACCUGCAGCUGCGCUACAUGUUCCGAGACAUCAACGCGCUGCGCCACACUGUGCCCAGGGACAUACAAGAGCUGCGGCAGGAGCUGGCGGUGUGGCGGCGCGCGGCGGCCUCGCUCGCCUCCUACUCGCGCGACGAGGACAUCGUGCGCAGAGCUCUCGAGAAAAAGGUACAGAAACUGCACGCUACCUUGCAGAAGCGCGAGUCCGGCAACGGCAGGUCCAAGUCCGAUCCUCUAUUCUGUUCUACUCUGGCGCAAAUGAAGCAAAAGUACCGCAUCAGAGACAAACCGCUGCUUGUCAAGUCUGCGGUGUGCGUCGCCUUCGUCGUCGUCGUCUUCUUCCUGCACGCUAUUCCGGAGCUACAGCGGCUGUCGCUGGGCUGGACGGCGCUGCUGGGCGCGCUGCUGCUGCUGCUGCUGGCGGAGCGCGAGGACCUGGAACCGGUGCUGGCGCGCGUAGAGUGGUCCACCCUCCUCUUCUUCGCAGCGCUAUUCGUGCUCAUGGAGGCGCUGUCUAAGCUGGGUCUCAUAUCCUGGAUCGGCAGGAUGACGGAGUCUCUCAUCCUUCAAGUCAACGAGGAGUCUCGUCUUACCGUCGCGCUCCUACUCAUUUUGUGGGUGUCUGGGGUGGCGUCGGCGUUCGUGGACAACAUCCCGCUGACGACGAUGAUGGUGCGCGUGACGGCGGCGCUGAGCGCGCCCUCCGGCCUCGCACUGCCGCUGGCGCCGCUCGCCUACGCGCUCAGCUUCGGCGCUUGCCUCGGCGGCAACGGCACUCUGAUCGGCGCGAGCGCCAACGUGGUGUGCGCCGGCGUGGCGGAGCAGCACGGCUACCGCUUCUCUUUCCUGCAGUACCUCAAGGUGGGCUUCCCCAUCAUGAUCGGCAACCUGAUAGUCGCCUCCGUCUACCUUCUCUUCUGUCACAGCAUCUUCCAGUGGCACUGAACAUUGCCGGUACAAAAUGGUUCAUCUAAGUUCUAUUUUAGUUUGUCGAGCUAUUUUAGUUUUUAAACUUUUACAAUUCAAAUUUAAAGCUUUGUACAUCAGAUCACUUUUUUAAAUUACAUUCAUGUUUUAAUGUAAAGUUAGUGUCUUUCACACAUUUAAGAUUACUGAUGAGAGAAAACUUUGAGAGUAAAAUUUGCGGUCCUAGUGAUUUACAAAAACAAAUAUUAUUUUAUAGAUUGUGGUGUGUUGGUGUGUGUCAUCAGCAUGAAUAGACUUAUAGAUAUAAGUUUGUUUUAAACAUAGAAUGAUAGAUUUUACGUCAACCGACUUUUGAUAUAAUUAUACGUGCGUCAGACUCA